AUGGUUGCUUCUUUCUGUUCGCUUGCUGCGUCAAGCGAGAUCGGCGUCGCGACGUCACGGCAAGUUCAUAAUGAGGCUGGCCGUAAGCUGGAUGUUUCACGGCUAUGUGCGUCAGCCGCAAGCUGCCCGACACGAUCCGAACACGCCAGGAACCGCCCCGACGCCGAGAUGCUCGCGAACACCAGUGGACCAACUCUGCCUACAGAACUGAUCUUUCACAUCGUCGGUUACAGCUUCGGCCAACAUUAUUACGAGCUUGUCGCCUCUCCGAAGUCCAUUCCGACAGGAUGGGAGCCCGGCUCGGUCUUCAUGCAGACGUCUCGAACGUUUCGUGUUUGCACUAGGCGCUUCUUGAAACCGCUAUGGGGCAAGCAAGUCAAGCAAGGCGCGAGAUGUAACUACAAGAAAACCAUGGCGUUACUGCGACGCCUGGCCGACCACGUGUAUGGCGAACUCGAUGACCUGGUCAAGGAAGAUCAGCCUCCUUGGCUCAAGGAACAUAUACUGCGUUCCCCAUCAAUCCCCUUGGUCUUCAUCUUGAAGGGGCUUUUCUGCUACACGGCGCGUUCUCGUAUCUGGCCGAGUGAGUCACACUGGGAGAAGUGGGAAGCGCAUGUUCCUCCUAUGCUUGAACAUACGAAUGUCAUGCUUCGGAUGGCCGAGAGUUACGAGAGACUUCCUAUACACGCGAAAGCUACCGCCCUAGGACCUCUCAAUGGUCACAUUCGGGAUAUAGCCGCCCCCUGGACCGUGGCAUUUACUCGAGCAUACAUCUUGCGUCACUUGGUUGAGACUCUGAUAUCGCAAUUCGUCAAGAAGGGUGAUCUGCCGCAGGACGUUUAUAUCCUGACCAUGGUGGACGCUUUGGACGAGAAGAGCCUCGAACACUCCAAACUGCUCGCUCGCGAAGUGAAGGCAUCAUGCGAUACCGAUAUGCGCAUGCUCGUUUCGGCUUUCCAUCUUUCAGCUGCAUGCGCCGAGCCGGAUGUAGUCACAGACUCGACUUGGCGCUUCCCUUCAGAUGACUGGAAGAUCGUGAGCGACUCCUUGCGCAUCUGGAAGAACCUCCCUGUCGCAGAGGAAAAGGUUAACGCUGGACGCGAGCUGUGGCAGACGAUCUGCAUGCUCAUACGUCGCGUGUCAUCAUCGCUGCUGGUCGGCGUCGUGUCUGACGGCAAGUGA